ACGAUGUUGAUCCUUUGCUCUUCGUCCCUUUUUCCUCCCCUCAAGCAACAAGACGGACUGGUUUCGUCACGGCAUCACUCUCUUGUAUACAACCCCCUUGAAUGCCCAUUGCUUGUCAGCCUCGAAUUGAUCGCGUAUAUCGUGUAUGGGCCAGUGCGCUGUAGAAAGAUAGACAGUCAAUAUGGGCCACGGUGGACGCUCCUACCUCGGCCUUCGAGGCACCAAGCUCAAUAUCGCAGUCGGCGUGAUUGCCGGUCUAGAUUUCUUAGGUGUCAUGGGUGGUCUUUUGACCUUGGACUCCUUCAUCUCACAAUUCCCUGACCUCGAUACUUCCUCUGACGCAUACCGGGCAAUGUCCUCUUCUCAACAGAUGCAUCGAUCCAACAUUCAAGGAGCUGCUGUUUCUGCUUACAACGUCGGAUGUUUCGUCGGUUCGAUCCUUUGUAUCUUCAUUGGUGACCGUCUCGGUCGCCGCAAGACGAUCUUUUUGGGCUCUUCUAUCAUGGUUAUCGGCGCCACUCUGCAGUGUACUGCCUUCAGCCUAGCUCACUUCAUCGUCGGCCGUAUCAUAACUGGUAUCGGUAACGGAUUGAACACAUCUACCGUCCCCACAUGGCAGUCUGAAUGCUCCAAGGCUCAUCGUAGAGGCCAAUUGGUCAUGGUUGAAGGUUCUUUGAUCACCGGUGGUAUCUGUCUCAGUUACUGGCUGGAUUUCGGGUUUUCAUUCCUUGACCCCAACUCGGUCUCGUGGCGAUUUCCCAUUGCAUUCCAGGUCGUCAUUGCCUUGAUCAUUCUGGCUUUUGUCAUGCUCUUGCCUGAAUCGCCCCGAUGGCUCAUUUUCAAGGGCCGCGAAGACGAAGCUACCGAGGUAUUGAGUGCGUUGCUAGACACCAACCGUGAAGACACGAUUGUCGAGAACGAAUUUGCUGCUAUCAAGGAUACGGUUCUAGAGGCUCAAAACACCAGUUGGCGCGAUUUGUUCACCAUGGACGAGAACCGCCACUUCCACCGUGUUGUCCUCGCCUACGUCAAUCAGAUGUUCCAACAAAUCUCCGGUAUCAAUCUCAUCACUUACUACGCUGCUACCAUCUACCAGAACAGUAUCGGCCUAUCUGGAUUCUUGUCCCGUAUUCUAGCCGCAUGCAACGGUACCGAAUACUUCAUCGCAUCUUGGCUACCGAUUUUCAUCAUUGAGAAAGCCGGUCGUCGACCUCUGAUGUUAAUCGGAGCUGCAGGCAUGUCUCUCUCCAUGGUCGUUUUGGCGAUUAGCACUAGUUUUGAGGGUCAAACCAAACCGGGUAUUGUGGCUGCUGUAUUUCUGUUCGUUUUCAACACGUUCUUCGCCUGGGGAUGGUUGGGAAUGACAUGGUUGUAUCCGGCUGAGAUCGUGCCUCUACGUAUUCGUGCGCCGGCCAAUGCGUUGUCGACAUCUGCCAAUUGGGCGUUUAACUUUAUGGUUGUCAUGAUUACUCCAGUGGCAUUCCAGACGAUUAAGUAUCAGACUUAUAUCAUUUUUGCCGUCAUAAACGCCUUCAUCUUCCCCGUCGUCUACUUCUUCUACCCCGAAACAGCAUACCGCUCCCUCGAAGAAAUGGACGCAAUCUUCCACAAGACCAAAUCAAUCUGGUCCGUCGUCAGAAUUGCGCGCGAAGAACCGCGCCGAUACGGGAAGAAUGGAGAAUUACUGAUCAACUACACCCAAACGGACGAGCAUUUUCAUCAUGUCGUCGUCGGCGGUGAUGCAGAUGGAGAGAAACGAACUGUCUCAAAUAAGGAUCAUGCGAAUCCGCAGUAUCAUAUUGAGAAUGGGGAUGCGGUUCGUAUUUCUGAGUCGAGUUGAUCGGAUCGCAGGACUCGUUCAUGGAUAUGGUACAUGUCAUGCUAUGCAUGCGUGGACUCUACGAACUUGAUGUUGAUCUCCAUUUUUUCUCUGAUAUACCCCUUUUCAUUUCUUUUAUUUCUACUGUAAAUACCCAACUGAGCUCGUCAUGGGACGGGAAACAGAUAAAGGAGGAUAGAUAGAUCACAACUUGUUAUAUUAUCUCUCUGUAGAAGAAUGCAUGAAUCUAUAUUC